CCACCGGCGCCACUCAUGCGCCGCGCGACCUAACGAACACACGUGCACCCCACUACCGGCGCGGACCGCGGUCACCCUCCGGACUCUACGACACUGCACCGCUGACAUACCCGCGACACCACGCAAUCAACCCCACACUAUGUGCCAGUGACUGAACCAGUGCAAAAUAAACUCAAGUGCCGUGACUUUCGACGUGUGAUGUUCUGAAAUUUGUUCAAGAAAAGUGUUUUUCAGCCGCAGCCUCAACCGUUUAUCAGAAAAUAUGGUAAGAGGGGCGGCGUUGGCGCUUACGCUGGCGCUGGCAUGGGCGUGCAGCGCACAAGCAAGCGUGCUCGUGCCCACGUACGUGCUGCCGCCCGACUCGUUCGUGCGCGACCAGCGCAGCCUCGGCGCGUCCGAUACCGACGCGGCCGAGUCCACCAGGACCAUCAAACGACUCGUCGGUGGACAUCUCAAGAUUAAACCCGACAAAGAGUUUAGUUCCUCCAAAAAUGCCAUAUCGUUUGACCAAAAAGGUGAGAGCGGCAAGUUCGCCGGUGUUAUCGCGCCGGACCAGUCGGGCGGCAACGUGGGCUGGAAUCAGGGCAUCUGGGACGACGGCAUGCUCAUGUCCAGCGCCGGCGAGGGCAAGGACGGCCCGAAGACUAAAGAAGAUGACGAGGACAAAAAGACAUUAUCCGAUCAGGUGGCCGAAGGCAAAUAUGGUCUGAUACAAAAUGAAAUAUUCUCCAAGACACCCAAAAGGCCGGGUAUAGUGAGUUACGAGCCAAACGCUGAAACGAGGGCUAAAGACAAUUUGCAAAGCCUCGGUGGUUUAAAGAAAGAUGAAAUUUGGCUCGCUGAAGACCACCUUUUGGUUCUGAAAGGAGGCUCAUUCCCGGAGCGCACCAAAGAGACCGAACGCAGACCAUGGCCACCGAUUGACGACUACGAGGCGCCUAACAGGCAAGUAAAGCUACCGCAGAAACCAAAGGUGCCACCGCCCUUUCCGGUACGACUCUCCGACGACGGACCGCUCGUUUUCCUCACCCCAAAUGGGAGUGUCCCUGCGUCCCUUUUCCCUCCCUUCUUUACGAGAGAGAGCGAAGGCUUUCUAUCUUCUCCGCCAUUCCCCUUCCCGCCGGGAGAAACCUACCCCCCGAGUGAUUAUAAGGGAAACUCUACUUCCGGGGGAGCGCCGCAGCCAGGUCCUCCGUUCCCAUUCCUACCCGGGAAUGCGAGCGAAGGAGCAUUCCCUUUCCCCCCCUCCAUGAACGGUUCUCUUCCAGAAGGCUACCCUCCGGGCGCAGCGUUUCUACCACCACCGAGCAACCAGUCAGACCUGUACGACGAAGACGACCCUUCGAUCUACUAUCCGCCGCCCUACAAUUUUUCUUACCGCGCUGACUACAACAAUAAAGUUCCCGCUGGACCAUUAGUACCUGGAAUAGUACUACCGCCUCCGCCAGAUUUCUUCGCGCCUUUAGAAGAGAAAACAACGACGGAGACAAUCAAGACAACGACAAGGCCGACAACUUACACGAGGCAAAAGACGACCACGAAACCGGUGCCCACACACACCGUACACCGCACCAAGUACAAGACUCGCCCGACGACAACCGAGUCUGUUCGAACCACUGAGGUGCCGACGACAUUCACGACCCCGCCUCCAGUGGAGAUCGUUACUACACCUAAACAGAGAAAACCACAACGAGUUCCGACAAGACAUCCCGUGCGCGUACACAACUUGCCAGACGAAAUCAACACGAGACCCAAAACUGAAAAGCCUGUUUACAAAAGCAGAACCAAACUUACAUCUAAGCCGUUAUCUGUGUCAGUCAUAUAUGACUAUCCGGAACCAGUGUACGAUGCGCGCCCGCCUGCGACGUCUGAAAAACCGUUUGUCGUCUAUGUCCCGCAGAAAACACACCCAAAUGUGGCCAAUGACGUAACUUCAACCGCUGUGCCAUUGAGGGCUUUCUAUUCUAACACUCAAAAUGACGUGCCUACAACGAAAUUGCAGCCGGUUUAUAACAGAAAACCAAGCGACAACGCUUUGGCAUCUUUCUAUUUCUUUGAUGAACAACCGAAAACGUCACCAUCACCUGCGACUUUCUUUGAUGGAAGAAAUUAUUACAAAACCGUUCCAGUUAAUCCUCAACACUACUCGCCGCAACAAGUAAACACUCAAGCGCAGUACAGUCCAGCUGUCGAUGUCACAUACGGCGCUAUAGAUCAAGCAGAUGACUUUUUCCUGUGGCCUCAGAAACAAGGUCCUAGAACGCUAACACAAGAAUACUUUAGUAUCCAAAAGCCAAAACCGCAACCAGUGUUUGUGCAGCAGCCGAAGCAAAGACCAGAUUUUUACCAACAGAUUGCCGAUAUUCAGCAAACCAUAGAUUACUACACGACGAAACGACCCAAAGUACACUCACACAGGCAGCACACGCAUAAACCAAAGGUUAUAACAUCCAGGCCCGUUUAUCAAUUGAAUUAUCAGUCCAAUCACCGACCUGAAUUGCCUUUCCGUGCUCCAAAAUUGGACCCAGAACCCUUCAGGCCUAUGGUCAGCUACAGCAAGCCCUUUAAUUUGGAAGACUUCAACGCCAUCACGCCAUCAGCUUCUCCGGGCUACCACCAGCAAUAUUUAAUUGAAAACGUUCCCGUAACAACAGAGACACCCUCUUCAACAAAAUACUAUCCAAAAUCUAAAACGAGGGAUGACGAUUACGAAGACGUCAUUGUGGAACGGGACGUGAGAACGCAGAGCAACAGAAACAACAUAAUACAGAACGACAAGCCGGCAGCCGUUGUUUCUCACCACGUGACCCGGUAUCCUAGCACCACGCCCAGCCCGAUCAGCCACGGGUACUACACCAAACAAGACGAGAGGUACUUCGAUGACAUCACCAGGAAUUCCUUCGAUAUCUUCGGCAAGAAAUUAGAGGACAGCACGCAUGACAUCCACGGCCUUGCUGUGACGGCGCCUCUAGAAACUGUAAAGACUCCAGUGGAUAAUAAUAUUAAUCUUCAAUACGCCUACGACAUCGUAGACACGCAAAGUCCCAGCCCAAACCCGCCAUCCCUGGAACACGACACUCUUGUGAACGACAGGCAUCCGCGACCACCGAUUAACCCAGACAGCGAACCAUUCAGACAAAACGCUGCGGUGGUGCAAGAGAAUCCUCCGUCACUGGCUGACGACACGCUAGUUAACGACCGGCUGCCCAGGCCCACCAUAAACCCCGACAGUGAGUUCAUACCGAUCGCGAAUCCGCACUACAGGAACGCUCAUUACCGGGUGGCGGCGCCGCAGUACACGGGCGAGCAGGACGACCUGAACCAACCCCCGCCGCCGUCGCUGGAGGGCGACACAGAGGUGAACUACAAGCGGCCGCUGCCGACGCCGAACCCGGACGCGGAGUGGAUCGGUCCAGCGGCGGGUGAAGGCCGGCCCGGCUCGCUGGUGUCGUACCGGCUGCCGGGCGAGGACGCGCACGUGUACUUCCUGACGCCGGCCGCGACGCGCGAGCGGUACCGCGCGCCCGACUACAACCGAUGAAACUCAACCUCUAGUCUGGACUGUGCACUGUUCAAGUGUUGACGAGUGACGCGCGACACUGCGCGCGACACCCCGCGCGACACUCCGCGCCUACCGUGUAAAUAAUAAAGCGCAAAUGUGAUGUUAUAAGUGUCCUAAGUAGUGUUAGUGAUGAAAGACUAGCGGGACGGCCCGCGUUGCCAUAAUAUUUAAAACGAAUGUUUUAGUUAUUUUCUAGCGAUGUUUUGAAAACGGACGCUGUACUUUUGAUACGUUAUUUAUUAAAUUAUUGUUAAGAGACUGUGGUGCAUGCAUAAUGUUAAUUAAUUUAUUUAUGUCAGUAUUCUCGACGAACUGUAAGGAAUGAUGUGAUAUAAGUAUGCGGCGUUAAUUGUGACGUUGUUACACCUGAUAUGUAACGAUGGCAGCAAUUGUUAUUGUAAUUGUUAUUUAAACAAACUUAUGACAAAUUUUUAUGUGAUUUAUAUAUUGUAUUUUUAAAACAAAGAAUUAUUAAAAUAAAAUAAUAAAGCAUUA